UUACUCGGUAGAUCUUAGUUAGUAAAUACGACGAAAAAAAAAAAAACGACCGGAAACUCACGUAUGAACAGUGUGGCGACAGACAUUCUGGAAAGAGACACAGGACAGAAUAGUUUCGGCUGCCUCUCCGUGGUGUGUGGCGGCGUCCUUGUGUGCAGCCAGCAAGCGAGUCCUUCAUGGUGUGUGUCUUGGGCCGCUCAGAAGGAAUGUUGGCCCUCCUCUGCAGUCUCCUAGUGGCGGUGCACGUGCUGGCUACGGCGUCCACGGAUUUCUCGGAAUGUUCUGACAAAGCGAAUCAGACGGUGGCCGUGAAGGGAUGGCCCGUGGUGGUGGCCCUGCGCGUCCCCAUCAUGGCCUCCUUCUCCCUCGAGCUCAACUUCAGCGCAGACAAUGCUGUGCACACCACCCUCAGUCUCAACCACAGUGGCCAGCAGAAAAUGAAAGUAGGAUUGCUCGAGGCGGUGCUGGGCACUUGGAUGGCAAUGAGCAAGCUGGAGACGGCGGCGCUCCUGCCCGACAGCUCCUGGGCCGCGCUGAAGAUCGCCAUAAGAAGCAAGAAACUCGAGCUGCGGGCGCACAGCGAGGUGGACUCCAUCAAUUACACCACCAUCGCCUUGCUUGAUCUCACACAGGCCAUGGAGGUAGAUACCGUCUCCUGCAGCGGCCGCGAGUGUCGCCUCGUGGACCUGCAGUGCCUCAACACUAAGAGAUCAGACUCAGACAAGGAUGACCACACCCCGGAAGUCAAGCCCACGCCAAGCAGCGGCAAGGCUUCCUACUACUGGGCCUUCUACGCGGUCAUAUCCUUGCUGGUGACAGUGUGUCUGCUCUUCUUCAUCUGGCGAAACGAACGCAACAAAUUUAGGAACCGCUGGCUGAGGCACGCCCAGUCUAUGCGCCACGCCACCGCCUCCAGCACGAGCCAGGAAGGAAACACACCCCAAACCGAAGUGACGAGUGACGCCGUGGCCUGGAAGAAAUCCGGGACACACUGCGCCUUUGCCUACAAAGGUCCCUGCAUCGGCGACUCGGACUGAUGCCUAGCCGGACCACCAUGCCAUGCCUCCGCCAGAGCCUCAGGAGGGAAACAGUGAAGGUCAGGUUCCAUCGUAAAAAGAUUAAUAGAAUCAUGCUGCCCAGAACUUCCAUUAGCUAUGUGAUUUAUGCUUCUAAAUGAUGCUAACAGAUAUAUGACAGGUUACUUUGAGUUUCAUGUUGUUUGUCUCGAGGCACUGGCAAGAUGUUUGUUGAGCUGCGAGCCCAUGAUGAUAACUGUUCUGGACUUAGUGCCUCCUUGAACACCGCCGCCAGAGGAGUAACCUACUGCAUGUUUGUUAUAUGCAAACUUGUGUCGUAGUUCUUUAAAGAGAGGAGAGAAUAAUGCUGAAUAUUUCUUAGGGCACAGUUUUAUAGUAACUGCAAUUUCGUUGCUGCAGGCAAUAUUUUCUAGUCAGGACCAGCGUGUCCUCGUGUGAAUUUCAUCUUUCCACCAAAGGGAGCACGGAGUGUUGCUGUUCAAAUUUGGUAUUAUAUGUGGAAUGUUGAGAGAGAAAAGGUCAUGUGUGUGUGUGUGUGUGUGUGUGUGUGUGAAAAUGUAUAUGAUGAAACAAUAAAUACUCCAAAACUGCUUAUUAUUGUAAAACAUAUCACUUAUGAUAAUGGUGGAAAAAGCCCAGCGGGUUCCCGGCGGUGCCACAGUGGUGCGGCGAGCUGGUCUGGCCAAGGAUGCUGCAGCCAAGGUCUAGACAUUCUAAAUAUUCUAGACCUUGGUAGCAGCAAGCCUCCAGUGAGGAUUCAAUGCUUAGCAAUACCCUGGUGCAUAGAUUUUCUAUCAGAGAAAAGUAACACCAAUAAUACCAUUUAUCUAUUUUACAUCCCUGUGAACAUGGUUUGAAGACAUGUCUGCUAUAGUACAUAAAUAUUAGUUCACUGUAUUUAUUGUAUGCUGUGGAAGUGAAAUGCUUCGCUGUAUAGAUUUCUCUUCCUCUUCUUGAGAUAUACUGUAAUCUGCAUAAGUUCUUCUGAAAGUUAUUUAUUAUAAUUAUUUGGUUUGGUGUUCUGCAGAAAUAAGAAAAAGGUCAUAUAUAUAUAUAUAUAUAUAUAUAUAUAUAUAUAUAUAUAUAUAUAUAUAUAUAUAUAUAUAUAUAUAUAUAUAUAUAUAUAUAUAUAUAUAAAGAGCAUUGUAAUAAUAAUUUAUUUUACAAGUGAGUACUCGGCAGUGUGCAAGACUCGCUUUAAUAAAACCCAGAUUCAUGUGGUUAUUUAGCUGAUAAGGUAAAUAAAAGACAAUGAAUUUCCGAAUCUCCAAGCGUGCUUUUCUUUCGUACUGAGAGCAAGACCCACGUUCAUCUGGGGACGCUGCACCUAACUGUAUCAAGGAGGUUAAUAAAGACUUACUAACCCCUC